AUGGCAUCCUGGGAACUCCUUGUGGUUGGUGCCUCCUUCGCAGCAUUUCGGGGGCUGCACUGGGGACUGCAGCUGCUGCCCACCCCGGAAACUGCUCGAGACCUUUGGAUGUGGCGGAACAUUUUCGUUUCGCUGAUGCACAGCCUUCUCUCUGGAGCAGGGGCGCUGGUCGGGCUAUGGCUGUAUCCUCAGAUGGUCAUCGACCCGAUUCAUGGCCACCCAUCGUGGGCAGUGGUCCUAGUAGCAGUGUCAGUGGGUUAUUUCCUGGCGGAUGGAGUUGACAUGCUGUGGAAUCAGAACUUGGCCCAGGCCUGGGACCUUCUCUGUCACCAUUUGGUGGUAGUGAGCUGCCUCAGCACUGCGGUUCUGUCUGGCCACUUUGUGGGCUUCGCUGUGGUGUCUCUACUUCUGGAGCUGAACUCCAUCUGUUUGCAUCUGCGGAAACUUCUGCUCCUUUCCCAUAAGGCCUCAUCCUUGGCCUUCAGAGUAAGCAGCUGGGCCACCCUGACCACGCUGGCCCUCUUCCGCCUUCUACCUCUAGGAUGGAUGAGUCUGUGGUUGUUUCGGCAGCGCUACCGGGUGUCUCUUGCUCUGGUCAUCCUUGGUGGAACUGGGCUGGUCAUUGUGGGAUCCAUGAGCAUCUCAUUGGGUAUCCGCAUUCUGAUCAGGGAUGUCUUGCAGUCUCGACCUCAUCCAUUUAUCUCUGUGCACAAGGAGACCAAGACAUAUGGCGGAGAGACAGUCACCAGGAACAAUUCCACUCUCAGUCUGAAAAACUAGAGAAGUGGAGGUUUCCUCUUCAGUCAGCCCUGAGACUGGGGCCAGGAAGAGUAGAUGGUAGCCUUCGCUGCAUAGUCUCCUGUGUAGCAAAGCCCAGACUGUAUUAGCAGUAUCUCAAGACCUUUUCCAGAUGACCCACUUCUCUCCCCUUCUCAAGACCCAGGAAGGUUUCACGGAAACCCAAAUUACUGCUCACUGAAUUCCUUUGCUCCAGCGUAAGGACAGACCACAGGACAGGAGGUUCUUCUGGAAUCAGAGAGACCUGGCAUGGAGGGCCAUUUAUGAUCAAAUUCUGACCUCAUUUAUGAUCAAAUUCUGACAGUGCGAUAAGAGCACAGGAAACAUUAUCUGCUGCCAGGAAGGAUGCAUGUGGCAGUUGCCAGUGAAGACAGAAGCUAGGCCACUGCAAUUGUUGCUGAUACCUCCGAUCUUCUAGGUCAGACUGCAAGUACUGGGAUUGUACUAGCCCUACCCUACUGCAAACAGCCUUUCUAAUACUUGUGUAUCUUCUGACCUAAAAAAAUAUAAUUCUUAGAUGAACAUGGUCUGUCUCCUAAGGCAGCACAGAAGUCAGAAGCUACAGAAAAGACUUAAGUGCCAAGUGUGAUCACCUAGCACUAAACUUUCAAGACAGGAUUUCUCUGUAGCUUUGGAGCCUGUCCUGGAACUCCCUCUGUAGACCAGGCUGGCCUCGAACUCACAAAGAUCCGCCUGCCUCUGCCUCCUGAGUGCUGGGAUUAAAGGUGUGCGCCACUACCUCCCGGCUCUUUCCUGGAGUCUUUCGAAGGCUCUCUCCUCCCUAUCUCUGCAGCAAGUCUCCUAUUGUGGCUCUCCUCCAUUUCUCGUCUGAACAUCCGGGUUACAGGACUGCAGAGUACUGAACAGUGGGGGGAGAGAGUGAUAACCUUUGAUCAUCCACAAAAAAGAUAAAGGAGCAAAAACCAAGAGGCAGGAGGGGCUUUUAAAAAGCGCUGCUAAGAUCAGGUGUGGGUGAUGUUCGACUUUAAUCUUAGCACUCAGGAGGCAGAGGCAGGAGAUUUUUGUGAGUUCGAGGCCAGCCUGGUCUAUAGAGUGAGCUCCAAGACAACCAAGGCUACA